AUGACCUUUGACGUUGCUUUCGAUUUAGAAAAAAGUCGCGUCGAUUAUCGUGAAUAUAGGUACAUUCAGUUAGAUAAUGGAUUAAGGGCAAUACUGGUGUGCAACUUAAAGCCUGGUGAAGAAGUGCCUGAGGACACACUGUCGUGUUCCGACCUUGAAAGUGAUGACUCUGAAAGCGUGGAUGACGAAGUGGUAGCUGAUGAAAAUGAAGAUUCUGUGUGUGAUCAGGAGGCAAAAUCGGCUGCUGCACUGUGCAUCAGAGUGGGAAGUUUUUCGGAUCCUCCAGAAGCUCAGGGACUGUCUCACUUUUUGGAACACAUGGUAUUCAUGGGAAGUGAAAAGUAUCCAACAGAAAAUGAUUUUACCUCGUAUGUAAGUCAACGUGGUGGAAGUAAUAAUGCCUGCACAGGAAGUGAACGUACCCUAUUCCACUUUGAUGUGAAACGUAAACACUUUGCUAGUUGUUUAGACAAAUUUGCCAACUUCUUCAUUUCACCGUUGUUGAGUAAAGAUAGUAGUGAUCGAGAGAUAAACGCUGUUCAUAGUGAGUUCGAACUUGAAACUGCUAAAGAUUCUUCACGUCUAUAUCAUCUGAUUGGUCAUCUAUCCUGUAAAGAUUCUCCAUAUCGACUCUUUGGCUAUGGCAAUCGAAAAUCUCUGCAUGAUAUUCCAAAUCAGAAUGGUACUGAUAUCUAUACACUUUUAAGUAAGCAUAGAAAAACGGCGUAUUCUGCUGAUCGUAUGACGCUGGCUGUACAAUCUAAGCACACUUUAGAUGAUUUGGAGACAUUAGUACGUGAAAUUUUCUCUGAUAUACCAGUAAGUGGAGUACCUGCACCGAACUUUUUAUCGGCCAAAAGCUUUGAUGUUGAUUCAUUUGCUGGACUUUAUAAAGUGUGUCCUUUAAGUGCAAAAGAAAAGCUACGCAUUAUCUGGAUUUUACCUUCACAGCUUGCGAAUUAUGAAUCAACUCCGAUGGUGUUCUAUCUUCUCUUAUUGGUCAUGAAGGUAGAGGAAGUAUACUGGCAUUACUUAAAGAAGAGAAUUUAG